UGAUGAUUGACCUUAUAUUAAUUACACGUGCAUCACGUGCAACUCUUACUGUGUAGAAAUCCAAGAAUGGGAAUGGAAAAAACAGCAGAAAGUUGGAUCAGCUUCAUCAUUCCAACCGAAGAGGAAUGACUGUUCUUCUUGUUAGAUUUGCUCUUUGCAGUAGUGAUGGGUGAGACAGAGGUGCCCACGACAAGCAUAGACAUCCGCAAGAACGAGAAAAAUGGGCGCCUCAAGGCAUUGGAUGUAGUGCUCUCUAAAGCUUUUGUCCAGGUUCCUCACAAGCUACAGAGUUUUCUUAAGUCACAGUUUAGAAGACUACCAAAAGCUGAUGGAGUUAAAACAGUGAGCUCUGUCCCUAAAAAGGCUUCAUCUUUGGAGGUUGACCUGGAAAAGCAGUUGCAAGCAUGGAGAGAAAAUCCUUCAUGGGAUGAUCAAACACCACAUAUAAAGGUCAGUGUGCCAAAAGGUUCUCUCUGCAACCUCAGUGUAAACGUCAAUGUUGGGUUGCCCCCAGAUGCAGUAUAUAAUAUUGUAACUGACCCCGACAAUAAGAGGGUUUUCAAGAAUAUUAAGGAGGUGAUAUCCAGAAGAGUUUUGGUUGACGAAGGUCUUAGGCAGGUUGUUGAUCUAGAGCAAGCAGCUAUAUGGAAAUUUCUUUGGUGGUCAGGGACCAUUGCAGUUCAUGUUUUAGUAGAUCAAAACAGAGAAGACCGCUCGAUGAAGUUCAAGCAAGUCAAAACAGGGUUUAUGGAGAGAUUUGAAGGCUGCUGGAGAGUGGAGCCUCUUUUUGUUGAUGAAAAAACCUGCUUUCCCUAUAAACCCACAACAUGGGCAGACUAUAAUUCACACACUGGAGGCAAAGGAAGGAUCGGAUCAAAGGUGAGCUUGGACCAACUGAUCCAACCGUCUAUUGUUCCUCCCCCACCCAUUUCUUGGUAUCUGAGGGGUAUCACCGCCAAGACCACAGAGAUGUUGAUAAAUGAUCUUCUUGCUGAAGCCGCCAGAAUACGGGGAGAAUUGAACCAUGAGAAGUCUGAUAAAGAGGUUGAAAUGUCUCAGGAAGUACUUAAUCAAGUUGAUAACACCUGUAACAUCAAAGAAAGAUGGGCUAUGCAUAGGAGAAAUGCAAAGCAAUGUCAUCGGAGGCUACCGACUGCCAAAUGAUGUAUAAAUUGUAUUUAGUUAUUGAUAUAUAAGUACACUGUCUAUAUUCUGUAUGCACUGGAAAUUGAUAUGUAAAAGUUUCAUCAACGUCUGUUGUAUCUGUCAAUGACUCAACUUCUUGUAUGUCAUAUAGUUUGAACACUA